AUGGUGCACCAGAGGAUCUGGGCCCCUCACAACAUCCCAUGCACUUCUGCUGGCCUGCCACCCCCUAUCAGGAGGGUCAGCACCAUGUUGCCCACACUCAUCACUGUGCUGUGUCCUGGUCAUGACAAACCCACCUUGACUGCCUGGCCAAGCCCUGUCAUUCCUCACGGAGAGCAUGUGACUCGUCUUGGAUUUGAUAUAUUCAGGCUGAAAAAUGAAGAUGGGGCUUGUAUCCCUGAGCUCCAGGACAAAAUAUUCCAGAAUAGCUUCCUUUCCAGCCUGACUCCAGCACAUGCAGGGACCUACAGAUGUCUCAGCUCUAAUCUUCACUUCCCUAAUGGAAUUCCAGCACCCAGUGACCCUCUGGUGAUCAUAGUUUCAGCAGCAUGUAAUGCCAGUUUGUCACAGCAGCAAUUGCAGACUAUACAGGCACCCAGAUCAAUUAAACAAACCUUUUCUCUUAGCCCAGCCAGCUCUGUGGUGAGGUCAGGAGAGAAUGUGACCUUGUCCUGCAGUUCUGACAAUUUCAUUGGCAUGUACCAUCUGUCCAGGAAGGGGGAACCACAGGAACACUCUCUCCCUGCAGCACAGAGCCACAAUGGUACAUUCCAAGGUGACUUCCAUCUGGGUCCUGUCACCCACACAAGGACCUACAGAUGCUGUGGCUCCUUCCAUGGCACUUCAUAUGCCUGGUCAUCUCCGAGUGACUCCCUGCAACUUUCAGUCACAGAUGAGGUCUCAGGGAGGGACCUCCCUGAAGACUUUGGGGAAAUGUAUCCUAUGACUGAUAAGGCUCAGAAUUAUGGGGAGAAUCUAGUGGUGACCAAUCUCAGGCUUCCAUAG